AUGGCGUGGUACGACGAGGACAGCUGGCUCACAGCAGCGCUUUCGCCCAACCUCAGUACUAUCCUGAUCACCUUCCUCGUCGCAAUUGGCCUGCCGAUACUGCUGCACAGCUUCUUAUACCGGAAAGCAGCGGCGUCGACAAGCCUGCCCACCUUCCUUCUCGUUGGCCCGAGUGGCGGCGGAAAGACUGCAUUCACCACACUGACCGAACGCAACUCCCUUGCCCAAACCCACACAUCCACUCAACCCCUCACAAUCGAAGCCCUCCUCCCCUCCCCCCACAUCCCCGCCUCCUCGCACUUCCGCUCCGCCGGCGACCCAGCCUUCGAGCGCGCGCGGCACUUCCUGCUCCUCGACACGCCUGGGCACGGCAAACUGCGACACCACGCAACAUCUAUACUCGCCAACCCCAACUCGCUGCGUGGAAUCAUCUUCGUCGUAGACGCCGCCUCGCUCGCCGACGAAUCCGGGCUCAUCGAAGCCGCCAGCUACCUGCACGACAUCCUGCUCGCCCUGCAGAAGCGCUACACAACCGCGACGUCCAGCAAAGCACCGCCUGGCAUCCCGGUCCUGAUCGCCGCGAAUAAAAUGGAUCUGUUUACUGCGCUGCCGGCGGGGUUGGUCAAGGUGCAGUUGGAGAAGGCGAUUACCCAGGUCAGAGCGGGUCGCGCGACGGCGUUGAGGGAUGCAGGCGCGGCCCUGAGUGGGGGCGAGGAUGAGGUGGAUGAGGAGAAGGAGUGGCUUGGGGAAGGCGGAGAGGGGGCGUUUGAGUUUACGCAGAUGCAAGAAGUAGGGACCAGUGUGGGUGUUGUUGGGGGGAAUGUGGUGCAGGGAAAGGAGAGGGGAGAUGUGGAGGGGUGGUGGCUAUAUUUGAGGGAGGGCGGGCUCGAGAAAGGCGAUCACGUCCAGAUGCUCCUCCUCGGAGGCAACGGAGAUGGGUUUGUGUAUAAAGGAUACCUGCUAUAG